AUGCAGCCACUUGACCGAGCUCAGCGUGAAUUCGUCGAAAUCCCUCGGUCAGCUUAUAUUCGAGAAUUGCGUCCUAUAUGGCUACGUAGCUAUCGACCUCCAUGGUUUUUCGACUCAUGCUGUGAUCAACGUCAAGUAUUGAUAUCAGCCGAUCUCAUGUUUCGGGCUGGAGAUUAUAUAUUGCUACCAUCCCUUUUGUGGCUUUGUCAAAUAGGUCUACAAGAAUUGACAAAUUUAUCCUUGGAAGCAUGCAUUCAAAAGACAAAUGGGUUUCGCUUUAAUUUGUGGUACGGUCUGACACAUCCUGAUUUCAUUUCGCUGCCGGUUCUACCUCGAUCACCAAAUCCCACCAUAAAUGUAUCUGAGUCAAAUUCUAUGUCACAACAUGACAUAUCGUCUAACGUCUGCUCAUCGGAUUCAUCUAAAUCAACAUUAACCGAAAAACUCUCGCUGGUCAAUACUUCCAUCGGAAUGAAAUUUACUUUUCUGGAUUUAGAACGACCCGACAUUGAGCACUUGACGCAAGUGGAAAAGUGUGUGUGCGAUUGGCUUUCAACAGUCGGUGGCUGGUCAUCAAAACCUAUGAAAUCAAUUCAGUCUUUCUUUCAUAUUCCUCCACCUGACUCACCAAAAAGCACGUUGCAUUUACAUUUAGUUUCAGGUAGAGAGCUUGAUCUGGAAAGGAACCAUGUAUUUUAUCGAAUCCCAUUAUCUGAUUUACAAAAUGGCAAGCAACCAGCUUUUAUUGUUGAUCUUACGCGAUGGGAGCAUGAAAGACGCAUGGAACUAGUACAGUUGGCCAGAAGUUUGCAUCGCAUGCCCCGUGUGUAUGGCAUCUCGGGUUGUACUUGUACAGGUAAAUCUGAGUUGGCCAUGGGUUUAAGUGCAAAGUAUCCUAUGGACGUAAUCCACCAAGAUGACUUUCAUUUACCGGAUGCACAACUUCCUCGCUUGUCCGAAGAAGAAACAUCACUUCUUCCCAAUAAAUGGCCACAGAGAUCUAAUAUUGAUCGAAGUCAUCCUUUAGCUGUUGAUUGGCAAGCUUUGCUCAAUCAUAUAGAAGGGUUAAAAGCUAAAACAGAGAAGAAAUUUAUUUUGGUUGAAGGAAACUUGUUAUUGUCGCAAAGUCAAAUGCGGAAUAUGUUAGAUCGUGUAGUAUUUAUCCACGUAUCUGAAGACCGAAAAGAAGUUAUCAUGCAGCGGCGUAUGGCACGUGCACGACCAAACAGUUCAUCCGAACUAGAGAUGAACGUGGCGAAAGAAGAAUAUUUACCAUACUUCAAUUCUGUUUGGAGCAAAUAUCAAUUAUAUGGCCAACCAUAUUUCCAAGCCUAUCAAAUAGACUUUGAAAAGUCAACAUCAAAUGCUAUACUAGAUCUUCACUCAUGGUUUAAAGAUAAUAUCGAAGAAGAACUCACUAAAUGUGAACAUGAACUCGAUUCAGAAUUGGGUCAUACGCAGGACAUGGUGUAG